GUCGCCAAGUUCCAUAGAACGUUAUGAACGCGCCCGAUUGCCUCGCGGGAACGCGCUUCCCUCACACACACACUCUCUGAACGCAACAGCUGCAUAGUGAGUGAUUUGCAAACAUUGAAAGCAAGGCAUUUCGUCCGGCUAACAAUUGGCUAACUCAGCUAAUCAGAUUUCCAGUGAGAAAGACAACCAGCGACCGUUUAACAUCCCAUAAACGUUGUUCGUUACUAUAGCGAUUGUUAGCACAGAAUAAAAGUACCUGACGAACUCUGAAUAUAAUGGUAGGUAUGGAGGGUUUUGCCUGUCAGGACAAUUUCUCCGUGUGAAUCAUAAAAAACAACUGAUGGAGUUUAAGCCCCAGCACCUGGCAGGAGCCACAUUCUUUAUGCAGAAGGAUGGAUCAUAGGCGUUUACUGGACGUCAGUGUAAAUAUACUCAUCUGAUGUUCAAGAAAAACCAUUUGGCUCAAAUUCCAUGGAAGGCCCUAGAAUAUUUAUUGGACGCGUCCUCCAUCAGCAUUUCAGAUGAGUGACUCAUACAUCAGAUAACAUUCAACAUAUUUUAUUAAAGAUCUCAUAAACUGAAAUUUAUUUAUAUAAAUAAACAUGCCUACCCAUUCAAUGAUCUCGUUUGUGGAAAGUCCUGAUGGAUUAGCCCAUGACAUCCUUAGCCACAGCAGCGCCAGCAUGCCCGGUGCUGGAUCUAGCAUGACGCCACACGGCAUCUUAGCGGAUAAACCAGGUACGCAACCGUGCGGUAGCCUACCUCUAGACUGCAUGUUUUGUGAGGAGACCUUCACUCACCACGAUGACCUCGGACCACAUCUUCUCUCCCAGCAUCCCACGACGUUCCACGCUCCCGCUGUGCUGCGCGUGGAAGCGGAGUUUCUCACUCCUAGCGACAGGGCUCGUUCCAAGACCUGCCCGAUCGUGGAAAAGACCGAGGAGAUCGGUUGCGUCGUGUGCGGUCAGGCCAUUGCAGAUGCGGCAGAGUUGGAAACUCACAUGAGAAAGCAUAAAGACUCCUUCACCUAUUGUUGUGGCCUCUGUGGACGUCGUUUCAAAGAACCAUGGUUCCUCAAGAACCACAUGAGAACCCACGGUGGAAAGGCUGGGUCGAAAAACAAAAACCAGGAUUUGGAGACUCCAUCCACUAUUAAUGACGUCAUCCAAGACCGGCCCCCAUCACCCGUAGUUACGCCUUACAAAAUGUGCAUGGUGUGCGGUUUCUUAUUCCUCAACAAAGAAGCUCUGGCCGAGCACAGUAAAGUUCACAAUCGCGAACUGGAGGCGGAUGAGAGCAUAUCCGCAGACAGCCAGCCUGCCGAGGAGCAACCUGUAUCUCAGGAGGCUUUUUUGCAAACCCUAAAGUUGCAUCCUUCCGGAGAAAAAUCCGAACGGAGUCACCCAUCCGGACGCUGGAUAUCACAGCUCGAUCCUUUCAACACCUACCAGGCCUGGCAGUUGGCCACCAGAGGCAAGAUAGCAGCCGGUCCGAACGUGGCUAAGGAGCUCAACGCGGACUCUAACUCUGAAAAUGAGGACUCCGGUUCGGAGAAGGAGGAACUGGGGGCCAUUUGGGCUUCGAACGGCGGAGAUAAACCCGUCAGACGAGGUCUGAGAAGUGAACUUAAACCUACUGCCGAGACCCCGUCCCCAACACCCGACCAAAAGAGUCUGAUUCGUAAAGACAAGCCGACGAACUGCGAGGAGUGCGGCAAGAUCUUCCGGACGUACCAUCAGCUGGUUCUCCACUCCAGGAUCCAUAAGAAGGAGAGGGGAGGAGCGGAGAGCCCAACUACACCUGUAGAUGGAAGAGCAUUGAGCGUUGGCUCCUGUAGCAGUUCAUCUCUUGAUCGAGCAGAGGAGUAUUCAGAGGACGGCUCUGAGGAGGGACUGCAAGUCGAUGCCUUUAAUCCAGAUAAAAGUGAAGAUGGGUCUGGUAAAAUGAAGCUGAAAAUUCUUGCUCCAAGAAAAUGCGGUUACUGUGGCAAGACUUUCCGCUCGAACUAUUACCUCAAUAUUCAUCUCAGGACACAUACUGGUGAAAAACCAUACAAAUGUGAAUAUUGUGAUUACGCUGCAGCACAGAAGACCUCUUUGAGAUACCAUCUGGACAGACGUCACAAGGACAAGCCCUUCACCGAGAUCCCAAACAUUCCUGCUAAAACUCCCAUCAAGGCCGCCGAAUCUCCCAAGAACGUAGAUGACAAACCAGUCUUAAAACCAAACAAACAGUGGCUCGCUCCUAAACCUCUCGCACAUAGUGUUAAACUUGAAUCUGCCAUUAGCCAGCAAGUUAUUACCGUCGCAAGUCCUGCUUUUCAAGUCAAACAAGAGUAUGCAAGUUCUCCUGCCAUAGCUCCCUAUACCCCAUCCAGUGAGGGCAACCAAAAAUGCCCUUUACCUGUAAACCUAAAGACGGAGGUAAGCGCAGAUGCUCCACUUAAUCUCUCUCUCAAAGCGUCUUUCUCUGUAUCUGCUACCUCAGUACCCCGAGACCUGUUACUGACCAACACAUGUACCUCUUGCUCUUACGAGACCCUCUACCCUGAGGUGCUCCUGAUGCAUAAAAAGCUCGUCCACAAGUUGGACGUUAGAAAGAACGGAUAUAGACCUCAAAAACUGAAACGGUACACCGGCUGCCCCCCGGCUCUCGGAGGCAAAGACGUCACUCCUUUGCCCAAGUUCAACAGGAAGCAUCCUCGUCGGACCAAAUCUCCAUUCCACCAGCAUGAGAAACCCCCCGAGAAGACUCUCAAACAUCUUCACAUGCCUAAGAUCUCUCCCGCAAAGGAACGCUGGAAGGAUCAACACAAAGAGGGGCAAAGGAGCAGAGACCCGGACCCACCUUCCGGCCUGUCUUCCAGGAUCACUUCCUCAGAUCACAUUGUUGAUCCCAAUAGAAAAUUGGUCAUCGCCCGAGAGAUCUCCAAAUCGAGACCCAACCUAGACCACGAGGCGGCCGGUCAGAGGGCCAAAAAUGGCAUGGUGUGGUCCACCGACCCGAGCAAACUUUACCUGUCUGACCGUUUCCGAAACUUGACGCAAAUGGAUGUCGGAGAACCCUCCAGCAAGAGACACAAAUCUUUCGAGCCGUCGCACAUCAUGUCCGGACGGCUCGUAGAGGAUUUCAACCGACUCGUGCCCUCUGGUAGAAAUGUGCAGUCUAUCUCGCCCAUAGCUACUGCUAAAGUCACAUCCACGCCCGCUACCAACAGCGUGCCAACCGAUUGGAACGUCAUCAACCUACUCCGCUCCUACACGCCCAACAGCCUGACAUCACUGUACCACCCCACUGCUGCGGCUUCAAGCCAUGCUGUCAUGUCUUCACCUGUCUCUGGGAGCAGGUCCGUAAUCUACCCUCAUUACUCGCCCGCCGUGAAUCAGAGGAGAAUCCAGGCCAGUCCUUUGAGCAACGAACGCCGUGGACCUUCGGAGAAGAGCUCAUAGAAAUAACCGCGACUUGUAACAAGCUGAGAAAAGAUAGCGCCAUCACCAACGCCCUGGGGGAAGGUUUAAGGGAUUUGAUGUUGCUCCAGGUGUGAUUCAUACACUAACAGACACGGUACUGCGGGAUACGGGCAACGGCCUCUGCUUCGGACCUCAGGCUCCAGCGCUGUUUUGAUUCAAUUUGCAUUCCAUUACGGCAACGAUUGCACCCGCGGUGCACUUAAAACACGCACUCACUCUUGUUUACCGUGUACGCCGGUUGACUUGCGAAUCCGUUUCGGGUCAGCGGGUCGUAAUUGCUUAAAUACUAAUGAAGCCACGAAGCGUGCGAGUGCCUGUAUGUACUUUUAUUAAAAGCCCGAAUGGCUGUAUUAAGUGGACGCCACUGACCAAAUAAACAAGGGGUUGUGUUUCGCUCCUCUAAUUGCGUGAUAUUGUUUAUAUUGUUAAUGUUUAACAUCUUUUUUACACCCUACAGGUCAACUUUAUGCUAUGCAGAGAACGGUAACCUUUGUUGUUGUUAUUCAAAUCUUGUUUUGUAUAAAUUUAGCUGCUGCGUUGCUGUCUCUCAUCGGAGACUCCAGAAGCAAUGGUGACGUACUGUGUACUGUUGUGUAGGUACAUUAAAUAUAAAGAAAUGCAGGGACUGCGUGGAAACUUUUCACUGUGAUGACAAAGACAUUGAAUGAAAUCCUCAGGAUGGACAUUAAACUGUGAUAUUGCUCUGAUGUGGCCGAACAGUUCUGCCAAAUGUGUUGUGAGCGUUUUUUGCAUUUUUUUUUACUUAAUAAUCAAGGAUGUGUAUUUAUUGUUUUGCAUCAGUGGGUCAUCAUUUUGUGUGUGCGUGCGUCUCUACCGGAGCCUCUUGUGUUAUGUUGGCAGAUGCAUGUCAUGUUUUUUCUGUUACUGUCCACGUGCUACAUACUAACUUCCUGGAAGACGUGUGGCAACCAGAGAGUUAAAUUAUUUUGUAUUAUUUAAGGGGUUUUUCAUUGUGAAGCAUUUGAUAGUGAACAUGUGUUUCCCCUCCUUCUACUGUUAAACUAUUAACUCUCGAUCGUUUCAGUUUACGAAAGCUGUUAGUCUGAAUGAAUUGAUGGCUGUCGGUGUCGUUCAAGUCGAAACCCAAUGCUGCUUUAUGGUGUCGUACCUUCCUUGUUCUGGUUUAUCUCGCACCCCUCUUGUGAAAUGUUUCAACACUGAAUUGGGUUUGCGCAAGUAGUUCGGUUUAAAAUGGAGCGACAGCCGCGUGUACAUAUUUGUUUGUAGUUGUGCUCAUUUUUUUCUUUCUUCUUGGGGUGUCUUUGGUAUUUUAAUUAUUUUUUCUUUUGCACUUUCACUAACAAUUUUUCUCUGUUGUUCGUUUUGCGUGAUUCGGUUCUGUCUUCACAAGCAUGCAAAAAUGAAGCCAAAAUGUAUCCUCCUUCUCUUGUUUCAGUGUGAACGCUGUUAUUUUGGCCUUUAACAGAACGUGAAAUGUGGAUUUCCAGACCUGUGACGGCUGUAUUUCAGGACUCUGGCCCGUUCUAGUGGCAGAAUAAAGCAAGUGUGUACAUUGGAAUGAAUGUCAAUUUAUUUGUCUGACUUCAGUUUCAUCAGAUUGAUUGAUUGUGCCUUUGUGUAAGUUAAUUUUCAUCUAAACAUUUUAUUAAAAUUUAUGAAGUUUA